UACCGGGCAGUUUCCAUUUGUACUUCGUGAGAAUCUGAUCGAUUUGUUUGGCAAUGGCCAUGUUGACCAUAGUGGGUUGGUGUUUAACCUUCGUUCAUGUCUCUUUUGUCGCGAUUUACUUUUACCUCACCUGGUACCAUAAAUACUGGGAUAAACGGGGAGCUAUUACCGCCGAACCACUGACCAUUUUGGGCACCUAUCCGGGCAUUCUGGUCAACAAGAGCCGCAGUCUCAUACUCGAUGUACAGGAGGUGUACAAUAAAUACAAGGACAAAUACAGAGCGGUGGGCACUUUCAUCACUCGACAGCCACAACUUCUUAUUUUGGAUCCCGCGCUGGCCCAUGAGAUUCUGGUGGACAAGUUCAGCCAUUUUCGGGACACCAUAACCAGCAGUUUUGUGGGCCACAAUCCGGAGGAUAAGUACGUGGAAAGGUCACCAUUUUUCAGUUCUGGAGAGGAAUGGAAGCGAAGGCGAACGGAGAAUGUGGGUGGACUCACGCCCAAUCGACUGAAGCAGGCCUUUGCUAUUUGGGAGCAGAGUGGUCGGAAGUUGGUCGAAUACAUUGAGAGGGCGAGGCGGGAGAAGGGUGAUGUCAUCGAGACCAGAGAUCUGUCCUAUCGGUUUACGGCCGACACAAUGGCGGACUUUAUAUGGGGCAUCGAUGCCGGAUCGCUUAGCGGCAGUGUUGGAGAGAUCGCGUCCUUCCAGAAGGUGUCCACGGACUGGACCGUCUAUGCCUUCAGCUCGAUCAUCCGGUUCAACAAGAGUUUGGUGGCCACCUUCGUGCGGAAGCUAUUCAAUAUGCGAAUUUUCACCAAGGCAUCGGAUGAGUUCUUCCUGCGACUGACCCAGGAUGCAGUGAAUCUCCGGAGGGGGGGCAGCGGCGAGGGUCGCACGGACUUCCUGUCCCACCUGAUCCAACUGCAGGAGAGAGGAAAUUCAAUCCACGACUCCGUGGGCCACGCCCUCGUUGUCCACUUGGAUGGGUAUGAGACCUCCGGAGCAGUUCUCUACCACAUGCUCUAUUCGCUCAGCGAACACCGCGAAGAGCAGGAAAAGUUGCGCUCGGAAAUACUAGAUGCCUUGGCCUCCAACGACAAUAUUAGCUACGAACAGCUCAAUGCUCUGCCCUAUCUGGAUCAAUGCGUCAAUGAAUCCCUUCGGCUGACCACGCCCAUUGGUUUCUUUAUGCGAAUCUGCACUAAGGCCACUCAAAUUGAUUUGGGAAAUGAGAAAAUUCUGGAGUUGGAGCCAGGUGUUACCGUGAUGAUUCCCGCCUUUCAGUACCACCAUGAUGAUGCCUUCUACCCGGAAGCCAGCGAAUUCAGGCCGGAUCGGUUUGAGAAUGGAGCGGCUAGUGCCUUUAACAAACGCGGAAUCUUUCUGCCCUUCGGCGAUGGUCCGCGUAUUUGUCUAGGUAUGCGUGUGGGUCAACUGAGUGUUAAGACUGCAAUCUUUCACAUCCUUUCAAAUUAUCUGGUGGAGCAGACGAAAAAGGUGCCCCUGGGCGCAGAUACCGGCCUGGGAAUAUUCCUCAAUGGCGAUGUCGAACUGAAAUAUACAAAAUUGCGGAAAUAAAAAGAAACGUUUAUUUUUGUAA